GGAGAGUCGCCCCGCCCUGCUCCGCUCCGCCCCGCCGAGCACGAUCGCCGGGCAGGGGCGGGCGGGCGCCAUGGGCGCGAUGCUGUGGUGGGACCAGCUGCGGGCCGGCAGCUCUGAGGUGGACUGGUGCGAGGACAACUACACCAUCGUGCCUGCCAUCGCCGAGUUCUACAACACGAUAAGCAACGUCUUAUUUUUUGUUUUACCACCCAUAUGCAUGUGCUUAUUCCGUCAAUAUGCAACCUGCUUCAACAGCGGAAUAUAUUUAAUAUGGACUCUACUAGUUGUGGUUGGAAUUGGAUCUGUUUACUUUCAUGCCACCCUCAGUUUCCUGGGCCAGAUGCUGGAUGAGCUGGCUAUUCUGUGGGUUCUUAUGUGUGCUCUUGCCAUGUGGUUCCCUAGAAGAUAUCUACCAAGAGUUUUUCGGAAUGACAGGAGCCGGUUUAAAGCUGCUGUUGGUGUCCUGUCUGGAGUUACUACCUGCCUUGCCUUCAUUAAACCUGCCAUCAACAACAUCUCACUAAUGACUCUGGGUGUUCCUUGCACAGCUUUACUCAUUGCUGAAUUGAAGAGGUGUGAAAACCUGCGUGUGUACAAACUUGGUCUGUUUUCAGGUCUUUGGUGGAUGCUAGCACUUUUCUGCUGGAUCAGUGACAAAGCUUUUUGUGAAAUUUGGUCGUCAUUUAACUUCCCCUAUUUGCACUGUGUAUGGCACAUUUUGAUUUGCCUUGCGGCUUACCUAGGCUGUGUCUGUUUUGCUUACUUCGACGCUGCCUCCGAGAUCCCUGAGCAGGGCCCUGUCAUAAAGUUCUGGCCAAGUGAGAGAUGGGCAUUCAUUGGUGUUCCAUACGUCACGCUCCUCUGCGCACACAAGAAAUCACCGGUGAAGAUCACAUGAAGUUAGCUAUGGAGUGGGAUGGAUUUUCAACAUUCAUUCCAGCUCAGACAGUAUCUAAAAUAAUGAUAAAUGAAUAGGGUUGUAUUUUAUCUUCUUCUUAAGAUAAGCAGCCUUCCCGAAAUCGUAGAAACAGGUGGCAACUGUGUUCUUUCUCCUCCUUCUGGAGAAGAGAGGUAAUAGGAACAUGAAAGCCCUUGAACUAUUUUCUCGGUUGGCUCUAUUUUGCACUUUUUUUUUAAAUGUAGCAUUUCAUUUGAUAAAAAUUAUUUCCCUCUAGUGGCUCAUUUUUGAUGCUUGGUUCAGUUUUGUUAACCUCUGUCUUGAGGCAUUCCUUAUAAGAGAAACUUAUCAAAGAGGCCUGCUGCCAUUUUUGUGUCCUCAGCUCUGAUGUAUGUGUCCUUCUCAGCUGAGAAGUAGGUGUAAUUGCACAUCGGCCACAAGGGCGUGCUCAUGUUCCUCCCAUCCUGGAGUGUAACACGGGGAGUCUGGAUGUGCAUCAAUUUGGAUCAGAAAGCAUUUGAUUGUUUCCCCAGGUACAGCAGGAGACCAGUGCAAAAUGAUUAUCACUGAAUAUCUAGCUCAAAGCAAUAAGACAGCGUAAGUGUGGGAAUAGCUGGCUGAAGAUCCAGUCCCUAAAACUAAAUAGGAAUUCAAGGGUUUUGAAUGUUCCUAUAUUUCCGCUGAUUUGUGGACAUUAAUAUGCCGCACAUUUUCCUUUUACAGAAAUGUUGUGGAAAUCCUUCUUUACCUCUGCAGACAUGUUUGGUAUUGAAUUUGUUAUUGAAGCUUACACAGAAAUAUGUCAGAGCACAGAUCACCAAAACAGAUCACCACUAACAGUGUGGUUAAAUUGCUAAGACUCCUGGAGUAACUAGUUGUAUAUUUAAUUUGAGAGUUAACUUCUCAACAAAGUUUUGCAAAGUGACAUAAACAGUAGUCCAGUAGUGCUCUGCUGAUGAUAGUUAGGAAAAAAAUAGGUAGUAUAGGUACCUGCUUAAAAAAAGACAGAUUUCAGUAAUCAAUGAAAUGUGAUAUUCAGUCUUGCAGUGUUAGAAGGGAAUAGUAGAUUCAAGCUUUCUGUUAGUUUUCAGCUUGUUUUGUAAGGGGUGCAGUUAGUUUAAAGUUUUACAUUGGGAUUGAAGUUCUGGAAUGCCUGUGGUUCUUGCAAGCUAUUAAUGCUAAAUCUGAUAACAAAACAGUGCAAAGUGUAGGUAAGUUUUUUUAAAUAUUAGUUGUGACUGUUUGGAGAAAAUGGGGUCUACUAAAAUUCUACCAAAUAUCAGAACUGUAGGUAGGUUAAGGAUUUAGAUGUGCGUUUUUGGUUAAGUGAUAUUUCCUUUUUGGAUACUAGACCAAGAAAUAACAUUUUCUCUGUGCUUUUCUACUGAGUCUCAUGUACUUAUUUUUUAUGAAUAUGAGUAUGUACUCUGUACAAUAUCAUCUUUAGGAAAAUGGCUUUUAACAACAUCUUUGGGGUGAAUUAGCUUUCAAGUAAAACCUUUUAAGUAAUUUUGUAUUCAAAUUUAUGCUGAGAAAAUGGAAGCUGAUGUGUAGGCUAUUACCCUUAAAGCAAAGUUGUUAGUAGGGGAUAUAACUUCUUGAGAACUUUGAGAUGGGUAAGUAAGGCUACUGUCAGAUUGAUUAAUGGAUCACAAAAGUAGACAAAUCUGUUUACUUCAUUGCAGCAAUGAAUAUUUAUACCACUUGCUUGUAGAUUUGUUGGACAGAAACAUGGUUUUGGGCACAUAUUUUUGUAUGAAACUUGUUUGUAACUAUACACACAGCAAUGUUUGUUACUCGUUGAAAACCAGCUACUUUUUCCAUUUUUUCUUCUUCUCUCCUUGAUUCUAAAAUGCUCAGUUUUAACCAAUUCUCAGGUAUUAAUAUUGUGAUUAGAUUCUUAUACUGAUAGACUUACUGGCUGGAACCCAGCUAAGGUUGCUGUUUUCAGAUAAAGCCCUACUUUGAGUUAGAUUUCUUCAAUAUUGCUUACUAAAUUAUUGUAAUAAAUAAGAUAUUUUCAAUAUUGCUGGGGGAAUUAGUAACUGCAAAUAUAUGUACUGUUCAGAAUGACUGGAGACUUACUGCUUAAUAUUUUGUUUGAAAGAAAACUGUGACUUGAGGGCUUUAACCAUCCUGCAGACAGCUGCUGUCUUCUGCCCUAGAGUCUGACUGCUCACAAAGAAAUGAUUUUAUAAUUUAAAAACUGUAGGGCAAUCAGCUAUUGCAGAAGUGAAUAAAUGCAGAUGUAGUUCAGAAUAAUCUCAAAUUUAAACUAACCUCUAACCCUCAUACUUUUCAUAAGAGAUGCUGUGAACAAAUAUUACUAUCCGUUGUACGAAACUACACUGUAGAUUGGGGGUAUUCCAGUUAUAAGGGCACUCCAGCAUUGUCAGAUGUAGUUAUUGCACUUUACCUUAAAUUAUUAUUAACUUCUAUUCCAACAUAAGCCACAUUUAUUUCAAAAAUGAAAAAAAAAAAAUAAUGCAGGUUUUGCAUAUUCACAGCUUUACAGAUUAUACUUUGAACUAAGGCUCCAGUUUAGGAUAACAUCAGUACAGAAGGAAGUAUGUAAUUGGCACACCAAGGUGUUUGUACACUGCCCUUAUCAAAAAGAUGAAUAGAAGUGUGCACAAAUAGGCCUGUUAUCCUGGCGUAUGAAGUGAUGAUUUUAAAAUCCUGGAAUGCUGCCUUCCUUUGCUGGCAGGAAGUUAUUGGGUUUCUUCUCUUUCAACUAGCAUUUUAGUUUAACUAGUGGAACACAAUAGUGUUGAACAUAAUGUGGAUUCUUUAUAGAUAGAUGUUGGUUAUGUGAGGUGCAUCAUUCUCUGAGUUAAACUUUAAAAUAUUUAAGAAAGGACGUUUAGAUCUGUGAUGACAAACACUUGCCAAGUUCACAAUCAUUCAGUAAAUAAUAUGUAAGGAAUUGUUCUGUUUUGCAUCUCAUUUGAAGCCUGUAUACUGAGUAUUUGUGGAAAGCAUGUAACACUUGGAACAUUAAAUUGCCUUCAGAAUAAAU